CGCGCGCGCUCAGGACGGCGUGCUUGAACCUUGAUGGGAUCUAAGCACAAAAAUUAUCCGUCUCCUCCAGUUGUUACAAACGCCACGGCUAACUUCACGACAAGCCACGAGACGACCAAAGUCGGAAGUCGUCUGUCGUAUACGUGUGACGUGAACUUCCACCCAGUGGGUAACAGAACCUGUCUCCCAGACGGAACGUGGUCCAACUUCACAUGUGAACCGGACCCUGUGUGCCCCGCGUUCUGCGACACAACACGCAACAAGUGCAUUACAAAGAGACAAAGUCGUGGACUGAUGCCCUAGCAACGUGCCCCAACAAUGGAUCUUUGGUGGACAUAAAAACCAAACAAGACUUGAUUUUUAUAAACAAAACAGUGCGUGGUGGGAAGUUCUGGACCGGCCUCAGUGAUCUAGAUAACGAUGGUGUGUGGACGUGGACUGACGGGACUAACAUCACGUAUGACAACUGGUCCGUGGACUCGCCUGUCACUGGGAAGCGCUGUGUGACGUUGGAUGCAACUGGUCGGUAUGAGACAAUCAACUGUGACGAGAAACUCAUGUAUAUAUGCCGAGUUUACCCUGAUUGCCCUGCCCCGCCGCCUGUGGCCAACGCCGUCCCCGCAUACACCUUUCAGCCCAACAUCACCGUAGGUGUCGUGCUGCCAUACACGUGUAACAUCUCCUACAAGCCCGACGGCGAGAUGCGAUGUCUGGCAGGAGGGUACUGGUCCAACUUCACAUGUUCAGGUGGAUGCCCUUUCGAAGAUGGAUACGAGCUGCUUGACAAUCCGAAAUUGUGCGUUAAGGUUUUCGGGGACAAGAAACCAAUAGAAGAAGCACGUAAGAUUUGCCAAGAUUCGGGAGCCAUGUUGAUCGUUUCAGACACGGAUGAGAAAAAUACGGCUGUCAGUGAAUAUGUCAGGAAAAAAUUAGGGCCAGCCAACUAUUUCAUCGGUUUGACGGACGAACGGAGUGAGGGCACGUAUACCUGGGAGAACGGAAACAUCGUUACUUACUCAAACUGGGCUUUUUCGCAGCCUGACAAUAAGGAAAACCGAGACUGCGUACUAGCUACACCAUAUUGGAUUACUACUAUUUGCAGCUAUUCAAAAAUAUUCGUCUGUGAGAAACAAAUCUGAACAUUGCAGCCACAUGUUCGACUAACCUCUGUCUUAAGGAUUUUUCAAAAUCACCCAAAAGUUUGUUUUGUUUAACGACAACACUAGAACGCAUUGAUUAAUUAAUCAUCGGCUAUUGGAUGUCAUAUAUUUGGUAAUUCUGACACGUAGUCAUUCAUCAGCGGAGACGGGGU